GUCGAGAGUCGUCGGAUGGAUCAAUGGACAAUGAUUUUGGCACCUUGUGAGUCACACACGAGUGUUUGUAGUAUAUAAGGCAAUUGUUGAUUCUAGAUUAGGUAUACUUCACAGCAUCCUCUCCAACAAAGCAGUACAAAGCACAGUGCCAAAAUGAAACUCUUCGUCGCGGUUUUCGCCCUGAUUGCCGUAGUGGCCGCCCAAGACCUCUACACCAGCAAGUUCGACAACAUCGAUGUGGACGAAAUCCUCAAAUCGGACCGGCUGUUCAAGAACUACUACCAGUGCCUGAUGGACGAGGGUCGCUGCACGCCGGAAGGUAACGAACUGAAGAAAAUCCUCCCGGAAGCCCUCGAGACCAACUGUGCCAAGUGUAGCGAGAAGCAGCGAGAUGGAGCCGUCAAGGCCUUCGGUUAUCUGAGUGAAAACCGACCGACAGAGUGGAAGAACCUGCGGGACCGUUUCGACCCGGAGGGCAAGUACAUCGAGCAGUACCGCGAGGAGGCCGAGAAGAACGGAAUCAAGUUCUAGAAGUAUGUACAAAGAAAUUAAUUUAUUACACAUAUAUUUCAAUCUGUCCGAUCGUAUACGACAAUUUCCGCGCUGUGAUUCAGUCAGUACAUCGAAACCAUAAUCGGCAAUAAAUGAUAAAUACUAGUUA